AUGGGGGUGAGGCUCAGAGUCUGGUACUGGCCAUUUGCUCCCCAUUCAAUCUCCCCCAGCGCCUUCCCCCCGGGCGAUGGCGACUCCAGCCAAGCACGUGUCCACAUACGUCCAGCAGGGACCCACGUGUGUCCCUCCCUACGGCCGGGCUUCUGCUCCUUGGCCACCGGCCCCCAUCUCCUACCCCGCGGGGACACGUGUGCGCGGGGAGCGCGCCCGGCACCGCCCGGGGCCGAGCACGGCCUCCCACACUCCAGCCGCAGCGGGUCGCAGCAUCCGCCGGCGCGGGCCCCGCAGGAGCCGCCUCGUCCGGGCAGAUGUCACCUCCCACAGCCGUCGUGGUGCCCCUCUCCCCCGCAGCCGGGCUGCACUCGGGUGGGCGCCGCGGAUGGGAGCCGCCCCGCGGGCACUCACCGCGCACUCUGCCGCCGCCGCCGCCGCUCUCGCCUCCCCGCCGCGCCGCGCGCCCGGCUUCACCUAAACGCGGGGGCGCGUCCGCUCGGCGCCGCGCGCGCUCCGCCCCCGGUCCUCGGCCCGCUCGCGGCCUCCGGCUCCCUCUCCUGGCCGCCGCGGCCACUGCGCCCGGCGGGCCACAGCCCAGCACCAAGCCCUCACCCUAGGUCCCAAAGGGUCUUCCCUGCGUGUCCGGCCUCGCGCCCGUGCAUGGGCCGGGGACCAGGGACUACUCCCGUCGGGCCAGGGGAUGGCAAGGUGCGCUGGGACGAGGUAUCCUAG